AGUGCAUGUCGCUGCGUGUAGAUCUAUGUCUGAAGACAAAACAGCUCAGGCUAAGCGAUUAAAACUGUAAUCCAGAAUCAAACUAUGACGACUGCAUCGGACAAGACGCCUCUUGUACCCCCUGCGUUGAAGCGACUUGGUCAUGACAGCACUAUAUUAUGGCAAGAUUUGGAUGCCUUGACCGAGCUCACCUACUGUGAGGAUCCACAGGAGCAUGCCAGCUCUCAUGCAUUUCAGCUCCCCAGCUCUCCACCACGCGCUGCUCGCUCAACUAUCAGCGGGGUGGUGACUCAGUUCAACCAGCUACGAUACCGGAAGUCAACUAUAGACCGAAUAUCGUCUGCCAUUGGGGGUAUUUUCAGACGCAUCUGCGGCCAUGGUGGGCGAGGCCUUCCACUGCUCGAAGAAGUCGAAGAACCACAUGGUCCUGAAGGAAAAGAAAACAUUCAGAAAACUGUUCCAACUGUAGUUGGUGGUUUGUUUUCAGACAUCAGUGAAUUGAGCGACGGCUUUAGCAACGUUUCCGUUGAGAGUUUUACCGGGUUUGAUUUCAUGGACAGAAGAGCGCAAAGGAAAGCGACUACAGAGGGCGUGUGUGGUCAAGAACAAGGGUGUCCAAUGGAAGUUAAAGGCAGCGCUGCCAACGAGAAGCUGCGUUGGAACACGAAGAGACAGAGGUGGACAUCUUCACCCAAAAAGUACAGCGAGCUUGAUGAGGGCUCUGGUAAAUAUACCCCUGACCAUGAGGACACCGCCAAUGGUACGAAACCAAAAGUUAUCGAAACAUCGCUUAAGAAGUCUGGAAGCUUUGGAGAGACAGGUGAUAGUCUGAAUGAAGCCAAAAUAGGUCAGCUAUGUCCAUCCCACCAAGCAUCUAAAUAUGAUGAUGGAGGUAGGAUUUAUAGUUUAUUCAAGGGCAUAAGAAACCUAUAUAAAUUGAGACGUCGAAAGAAAAAGUCUGCAGGAAAGAGAAUGCAUCCCGAUUUCGAUGAAGCAGAGAGCCCACGUAAUAGCUCUUUCUCCCUGGACAAUGAAUGGGAUCCUUGGGGCGGUGCAGAGAUGGAGACCGCUAUUGACCUAGAAUGGAGCCUGAGUGGUCUACGCAGGCGCAGUUCUUCCUACGACGUGCUCAGCGUAAGAGAAUCUUCCACAAAUCAGAACAGUUUUACCGACACUCUGAGACACAUAGAUUGCUUGAACGCCAAUGUCGGCCCAGCUCUGUCAUCUCGGCUCUGUUUCUCAGCUAUGGCAGCUGUCGGUCGAGACAAGCCGAGCGCGCCACUUGAUGACACUUCAGUGCUGUCUCACAGCAAAUCAGAAAACUUCCUCGAGGGGAGCCAGGGUCUUGCAAGACACGCAGGUAAUCAGAGUGGCGGAUUGGUCCACUCUGGACAUUUGUCAGAGUCGAAAGAAGAUCUGGUGGGCUUCAACGAAGAUGCAAUGAGGGAUAACGCUUCCUUCACGCUCUGCGCGUGCUGCUCGGAGCCGACUCCGUGCCACUUGCAAAGCGCCCCAUGGCAGUGUCGGCAUGAAUGGGACCAGCCGGUGCUCACUUAGUCUCUUUGUCCUGACUUGACUCUAACGUAAACAGACGAGCAAAUUUACAGCCAAACUUCAUUGUACCCCCCCCCUUCCAACCGCUCCCCGUUGUACAAGGAACGUCUAUAUCAACAUAGCAUCCAAGCCUUUACACACAGCCAUCCGCCAUCCGCCAAGUGACUGAAUUGUACCGUCCCUAACAAAUGUAGAUUUGCCCCUAUAAUACAGCCAGUGAACUGGCCACUCGAGGUACACAGUACACACAAUACACGCGGCGUAGAGCGCCCACUGGGUGGCUGCUUGAUCAUUUCUUUCCCACACACGUCUCUGCAAGUUCGGCCUAUUUCCGGCGUUUGUUGUCGAUUUGCUCCCGAUUUGCGCUGAUUAUGAAAAUGUUAUUAGUUGUAGACUUUUACCAAUAUUUAGAUAAUCACUGGAAUGAAAUUUCAAAGUUGUCAAGAGAACCAACUGCUCCACAUCAGCCUGCCGGUAAAAUCUAUGGCGUCCCCAUUUAUCAGUCCAUGAGGCUUUUAUAUUAUUGUGAGGGCUCGCGCUCAAGUCUACAAGACCGGUUUAAGUAAGGCUACUCGAGGACUGACGUAUCGGUUACAUAAAAAAAACAGCACGUUUACGAUGUCCUUGACACCCAGCUUCUGACCCUAGCUUCUUUUAAUUUGAAUUUACCCCGAGGCUUUACAUAAUUGGUUGCUUGUUUAUUUUUCCAUAGACAUAGCAAUCGCCCAAGACAGGUGUAAAUGAGGCAAGACUGACGCAGUUUGGCUCUAGUCUCUUGCCUUUUCCAGUCUACCACUAGUCAAGAUGACCAUCGUUGCCAUCCCGUUUUUCCAUCAGCCCCGCUGUUCCGCUAACUUCACGCUUGUCCCAAGGUAGUCAGUAGAUCUACAUCGUGUAAGGAAGUUUGACUGUAGCACAGAUUUAUUCCUUUUUGGCAAGAGUUGGGAAAACCAUUUUACGCUUCGUUCUCCCUGAGAAUUGAAAAAGGCCCUUUGUUCCUAUAAAGCGUAUAAUAUGAAGAUGAUGGAAAUACUGAAAUUGCUUGAAUAAAAGUUGUUGCUUUGAAUUCACUUCCUCAAGUCGUACCUUAUAAAGGCACUUCUAUUAACGUUCCUAAAAUGCACAAGACGUAUGUCAAGAUACAAGGUAUAAUUUUAAGUGUCUUUCCUCAACUUUGUAAAGGUUGCACUUGUCAGGGUAAAACGUGUUCAUUCAUACGAAAAGUGUAUAAAAAAAUUAAAAACAGUAAAUAUUUACGAGAGGAAUAAUUGAUCUUAGUGUGCACCCCAUUCCUUCCUCACCCUCUCCAAACCUACAUUUCUCUCUUUC